AUGCAGAGUGAAACUGCAGCCAUAAUUGGUCCCCACUACUCAGUAACUGCACAUGUGAUUUCACACAUAGCAAAUGAGAUGCAAGUGCCCCUACUUUCAUUGGCAACAGACCCUACACUGACUUCACUGCAGUUUCCAUAUUUUGUUAGGACAACACAGAGUGAUAUGUACCAGAUGGCUGUUGUGGCAGAAAUUGUUGAUCACUUUCAAUGGAGAGAUGUCAUAGCCAUUUACGCUGAUGAUGAUCAUGGAAGAAGUGGUAUAGCAGCCUUAGGGGAUAGGCUAGCAGAGAAACGUUGCAAAAUAUCAUAUAAAGUACCCUUUAGGCCAGAUAAUAUAACCCGGGAAGAAAUAAAUAGUGCAUUAGUUAAGGUAGCUUUAAUGGAGUCUAGGGUAAUAGUCAUUCACUUAUACACUUCUUCUGGUCUAGAAGUACUUCAUCAUGCGGCUGGGUCUCUUGGCAUGAUGAGAAGUGGUUAUGUGUGGAUAGCCACAGAUUGGCUUUCUACAGUACUAGAUUCAGACCCAUCCUUGUCAACAUCUCCAGCCAUGAAUGACAUCCAAGGUGUCAUCACCUUGCGCAUGCAUACCCCAGAAUCAGAUAUCAAAAGAAAAUUUAUUUCUAGGUGGAACAAACUGAGCCGAACAGAUGAUCCUAAUCAGAACUUUUUUGGGUUAAAUGUCGUUGGUCUUUACGCCUAUGACACGGUUUGGGUGCUUGCGUCUGCACUCGAUUCAUUUUUUAAGAUGGGGGAACUUUGUCAUUUUCAAAUGAUUCAAGUCCAAACAUGUCAAGAGGGGGCACCCUUAAUCUUGAUACCAUGGGGGUCUUUGUUUAUGGUGACAUAUUGCGUCAAAAAAUUGUAG